CUGAACUGUAGGGGGUGUGGCAUGCAUUAAAAUUAAACUUCAGUGACCCACUGAAGCUUAUAAAAUAGCUUGGGAGAAGCCAGUCACCAAGACAAGGCAUCUCGAAUUGGAUGAUUUUUGCAUGUGGAAACUGCCUUCAUCUUGAUAAGAAACGGUUCCACCGACAGCCACCCAACGCCAGGAUGGUGAUGGCACUGCUGCUGCUCCCCGCACUGGCUGGCCUCUUUGGAACAGCCGAGGGGCAAGCCUUCCACCUCGGGAGAUGCCCGACUCCUCCCGUGCAGGAGAAUUUCGACGUGACUAAGUAUCUUGGAAGAUGGUAUGAAAUUGAGAAGAUCCCAGUGAGCUUUGAGAAGGGAAGCUGUAUCCAAGCCAACUACUCACUAAAGGAAAACGGAAACGUCAAAGUGAUAAACAAGGAGUUAAGAUCUGAUGGGACUGUGAAUCAAAUUGAAGGUGAAGCCACCCAGAGCAACCUCACAGAGCCCGCCAAGCUGGGGGUUAAGUUUUUCUGGUUGAUGCCUUCUGCUCCGUACUGGGUCCUGGCCACCGACUACGAGAACUACGCCCUCGUGUACUCCUGUACCACAAUCAUCUGGCUUUUUCAUCUGGAUCAUGUUUGGAUCUUGGGAAGAAACCCUUAUCUCCCUCCAGAAACAGUGACCUAUCUAAAAGAUAUCCUGACCGCUAAUGACAUUGACAUCGAGAAAAUGACUAUCACAGAUCAGGUGAACUGCCCCGAGUCCCUGUAACGAGGCUCUAAAGGGAAGCCGCAUUCACUCCAUAUUCCUUCUUUUGCUUGGCUUUUCCCCCACCCCACUGCACCCACCCACUAACCAGCCCACCACGGCAAACCAUUGCAAAUACCAGAGGGAAAUGUGACAGUGGAAGCCAGUGUAGAGGAACUCACGGAAAGUUGGCCCAAAUGCUUAGUCAUGCACCCUGUUACCUUGCAAGCCUAAUAAUAAACUUGUUGCUGACCUGCUGUGCUCACAGUAGAUUCCGAAUUGGAUUAGUUAUUAUGGGUUUUUAAUUAUAAGCUAUGUUUAGAAAUCCUUAAGCAGUUAUGUAGGAAAAAAAAAAUUAAACCCUGAACAGUUUAACGAUAACUACCUUGUUUCUGGAGAAAGAAAGGUGAUGGCACAGGCAUCUUCUGAAUCCAGGUGCCCCCAUCUUGCAGUUGGCACUCCUUUAGGGGGACCAUUUGGGGGUUUUGAGUCUCUGACAGGCAGUUUCCUUGAAGUAUUUACUUUCUCAUCACAAGGUCUUCAGAGUCAGGCUGAAGAAUGGGACCAUCUUAGGGUGUGUGCAAGGAAGAAGAGAAUCUAUCAGGGAGAAGAUUAUGGGGAUAUUUUUUAAGAAAAUGACUUUUUUUUGGAGGGUGGGGAGGUUUUUCACUUAACUGAUAUUUCCUGAGCCCCAACUGCAUUCCAACCAUUGAAAAACACAGACCACCCUAUUCUCCCCCAGGAACUCCCAGACUAGUGAGGGAGACAGACAAGUAAACAUGCAGUUAUGAUCCUGGCUGAGGCGCCAAAAGCAGAGGCCUAUGGAGGGGGCUGUGGGAGCUCCGAGAAUGUCUCAGCCCCUGCAAGCCACGGGCUCCCACCAGGUUGCACACUCUCGCCUCUGGGUGUGCCGACUUCAGGGAGGCAGGAACCACCUUGAGGGUUUUUUUUACAUUGUGACUUUUAAAAUCAGAGAGACCUCAGAAUUAUCACCCUACAAUUUCUCUGAGCCCACAUGACAUUUAUAAUCUACUAACAUUUGGGGAAAUGAAUAGAAAAUUAAGCCAUUUGAUUUGGUUUUUAAUUUUUCAGCAUGAAUAUAAAGUAUUAAUUUUCUUGA